GUUGCACAAGCAGAAGCAGAAGCAGAAGCAAUAUUCUAGGCAAAAAUAAAAAGCAAACAACAACAUGUCAGCAGAGAAUGCUAACACCGGUGCGCUGGCUGCAGCAAAGAAUGCUAACCCCGAUGCACUGGCUCAAACAGAUUGUAGGAUAAUAAAUAAGACUGGCAAAGCUCUGACAUUCGUAGUGUCCAAAGACUGGGUGGGGAAGCUUGGGUACUCACGGCUCGUUCUAGGGGAGCAAGAUUCAGAUGGUCCUUUGCUGGUGCAUUUCGGGGAGAUACCGCCUGACAAUUCAAGCGGUGGAUCAGUUGGGUUUGUUGUGUAUCGCUACAAGCACAAAGAUGGGGUCCAAAAGGACUGGUGCAUAGCCUGGAGCAACAAAGGUGAAAGAAACAAGGUGUGGACUCGUAUCGAUCAACCUGACGCAAAUUGGUAUAAGCUUGUGGACUUGAAGGAUUCGGAGUGCAACUACAAUGAUCCAGGCAAAAUCCUCAAGGCACACGUCGAAAUUGAAGCCGCCAAGACCCAUGCAAAAUUAACAGCAACACUAAGUCUAUUUAAAUAAUUAAGCUGCAUGCUAGCUCUACGCAUUUGGCCAGGGCUGAGGCUGUCAAAAUGAAUAAAUAAUGUGCGUGAUCAUGCACGCACUAGUAUUUCUAUUAGCUACAAUAAUUUGACAGCAGCCUGCAAAACUAGUUCCUUACUAUAUUUUGUGUGUUUGUAAUGGUUUUUGUUUGCUGAAAUGAUCACAAACACAUUAAUUAA